UCAAAUGGCCUGAAGUUCUGGAACGAUUUGGAAACCCAAGGCUUUCAAGGUUCCCCUUAUUUGAUCGAUAACCACUUUUGUGUCAAGUCCAUGAGCAAGUAGUAAGGAGCAGGGGAAAAACGAAGGAGCGAGGCCUUGUUCCACACAAUCAGCCUUUCCAAGGCAUUGUCAUAAACCAAGUGAGGUGAGAUUUCUUGCUCGGCCUCCUCUCGUUCAGACACAUUGUCCUUCACGUCGUCGUCUUAAGAACCCUUGAAUCUCAGUCUAACUUCACCCACCGAGACUCAAAUUGAAGUCUACUUUACAGGAGGGAACCCUGGACAAUAGAGAGUCGUAACAGAAGAAUCAGAAGACUUAAGUUAUCUUUGGACUUCAAGGCCGCCUCUGAGGAACAGGAUAUCCAGUCGUAAACAAGAGUCAAUAAAAGAAUCUCCCCCUUCUCCCAAGAGUCUCAUGAGACUAUAAGUAAAUAAUCCGUCAGGGGCACCCCCUAACCAGUUUCAGGGCCAUCAUAUAUGAGUGAACCAAGACCCAGGUGCUUGACUCUCAGUGCCAGCUUUCAAUUUCUCCAGACCUCUCCGAACAAAGCCAAAAUGUAUGUGAUACCGAUCCCUUGAAAGACACCGGGCAACGCGUCAAUUUGAACCUACAGAUUCUGCAGAGAUAUCAACAAAGGCAUCAUUUACCCGGCAUUGCCCCGAACGUCCGGGCGGAAGUCAACAGCUGACAUCGGGGGUUCCUCCGGACAAGGGAAAAGUGUUUCGCUCAAAAUGACAGCUGCCACAGCUACGGCCGUCCUCCCGGCCAUGGAUGCCGCACAUCUGGCCAUGACCGAGGCGGCCAAGCUCAGGCCCAGUCCAUCUGUUCCGGGGUCCAUGGAAGCGGCGGUCAAGAUGUGGUUGCAAGUGGGGAACCUGCAGAAACUUCAACAGGCCGUUUUGGAUGGCUACGGUUGGCUCCUGAAAGAUCAUACCUCAAGAUUGCCCCACGUUAACAAGUUCCUACGGAAAGUGCCAGAUUACCAGGAAAAAAUUGAUACCAUUCAUGAGCAAGUGAUUCGAGGAGAUUUGAACUCUGUCCGACGGAUGUUGGAAAAGAAAGGUUGGUCCAAUGCCCGCGAUCAUUACGGUCACUCUCCGCUUCAUAAAUCGGUCAUGGCAAAUCAAGAGGAUAUUAUGCGCUAUCUCUUGAACAACUUUCCUGAUUUAAUCGGCAUUCGGGACAAUGAAAAUCGGACACCAUUGCAUUACGCUGCAGCAUUACAAGGUACAACAGGAGGUGUAAAUCAGUUAUACAACAUUCUGGUUGACUCAGGAGCGGACGAAAACGCCGUUGACGUGCAAGGCCAUUCGCCAUCCUACUACAAGGAGCAUCCCCAGGACAUUCGUCAUCGGACAGUCCAAAGCCGAAGGCCUGCACCCCAAUCCACUCAUUUGAUCAAGGGCGAUCCGGACUCGGCCACUUCUCCGAGUAAGUAUCUGCCUGAUCCUCCACAUCCAUUACCAGACGUGGCCUUGACAGGUCAGAGCGCACAAUCAAGAUUGCCCAAACCUAAGCCGAGGUCGACUGCAACUAAUUUGGGGUCAGCCUUGUCAUUGAUUGAUUACAAGAAUGAGGAGGAAUUUGGAGACGAAGAUGGGAUCAUCAACUUGGAUGAUGCCGAUCUCGACGCCAUCAUCUACCGAUCCAAUGAGAUGACAGAUUUUCCAAAACAUCCGGGAUCUUCCAAGAAUGUCAAUUUUCGGACACUGUCCACCAGUUCUUCUGAGGUAGACACCAGACCCUUGAAAAGAGAACAAACGCCUAAACUUCAAGUGCCAAAAAGGAAGACCAAAAGGAAACGGAAAGUGUCCCCGCCUAAAAUCAAACCAAGCCAAGCAAAUGAUGGACCAACUCCUAGACCAAAACUACCCAUGCCAGCUUCCAAACAUCCAGCGGCAACCGUCCCAGAUGAGGACAAGGCUCUGGACUCGGUGGAGGAGUUCGAGAACCUGGCCAAGAUGGACGAGAGAACCUUACGGGCAUUAAAGAAGAAGAGCGCCCCCGAGGUCUCCAUGGUUCAAAUUCGCAAUCUCAUUCACAAAAGUGAGAGCAACAUCAAGGUCUCAGAUAUCAAAAAGGCCAUGCGAAAUGCCCAACGAUUCGGAAAAAGCUACCAAGAUGAAAACAAUUUCCAAACCUCUCGCGAGGGCGACCCAAAGGAAAUGGAAAUCAAUCCCGAGAAAAGAAACCUUUCCCCCGCUCAAAUCAAACCUUCCCGGAAGCUUCAGUACCUGACACGAUCACCUUCAAAAAGCAAACCAAAUUCAAGUCUAAGUACAGGUCAAAAAGCUCAAAUUGUGGAAAGACCGCCUAGUCCGAAGCUGGUAUUUGGAUCAGGAAGCCGGUUACCUUUAGCAGACCGGGACAACGGGCAAAUCCCGAAAUCAGAGGGUGCCAAACUCAAGGAGGAGAAAAAAAACCAAUCACGGGUAGUGAACCCUGCCAGGUCCAAUAUUUCUUCCACAUUCACUGCGGGACCAAGUAAACCGUCUCCGGGGGACAGUGCCAAACGCCUCGAACUCAUCAAAGCUGCCAGGAGGACGAAGAAGUUAAAUUCUUCCUCUCCCAUUGUCAACAAUCACGAAAUCAAGACAAAGCAUCAGAAAAUGGCGCUGCCACUAGUGACCAGGUCGCCUGAGAAAAAAGGCGCCAAAAAGAAGGGAACGCAAAAAGGAUUACCAAAUAUAGAAGCCGACGAGGAAUUCUAUCGUGAUUUCCGAAUCAUUUAUGUCACUGUUCCCAUUCCAGCUGACGAGUUACCAAUUCCACCACCAACCAGGGCAUAUCUUCGGACGUUGAUACACAAUUCGGAUUUGGAACACUUGGAAAAAGUGGUCUUGGAUGGUCACGGGUUUAGGCUCAUGUCUGAGUCAUCUGCCAUAGGAAAAGUAACCAAGUUCCUCUCCACUCUACCAGAUUUCAUGGACACUAUCAGUAUUUUACACAAUGCAGUUACUGCAGGCGUUGUUCCUGUGGUGCAAGAACUGCUCACUACUGAGCGAUUGGCUCUUUCAAGAGACCAAUAUGGAGCAACCCCACUCCACAAAUCCGUUUUAUUCUAUCAACCAAAAAUCGUCAAACUCAUCACGGAGAAGUUCAAAAUCACAACCAGAGCCAAAGACCAGGAGGGUCGAACGCCACUACAUUACUCAGCUGCUCUCAACGAUAGUGGGAUCUUUUAUCGGUAUUUGUUAAAGUGUGGAGCCGACGAACACAUCCAAGAUAAAUAUGGGAAGACGGCAAAGUUUUAUGUGUAUGCUCCGGGGGAUUUAGAUCUCAAUGUUUUGGUUAGUCGAUGCAAAGAGAUGCCCAGGAAACGUGAGCACCAUGAAAUAAGAAAAUACUCAAUCCCGCCCGCCCAACAAGUUCAACAAGAAGCUUUAGUGAACGCCGAACCACAUAGAGUCAUGUCCACGUCUGAGAUCCGGAACUUCAUCCGACAAUCCGAUACCGAGCAUUUGGAGCACGUGGUUUUAGAUGGGCAUGGCCACAAACUCAUCGGGGAAUCUGCCCCCGAUGGACGAAUUAGGGCCUUCAUCAAAUCAGUUCCUUCCUACAUGAAAAAGAUCGAGCAUCUUCAUGAAUCCGUCGUUCAGAAUGACUUGCCAGAGCUGCAAGUUAAUCUGACACGACGUAAGUUGGCCAUUUCCAAGGAUGACCAAGGCUUUGGUCUUCUCCACAAGGCCGUGUUUUUGGGGCAUCGUGACAUCGUUCAUUGGCUUUUGGACAAGUUUCCGGAAACCAUGGAAGUCAAAGACUGGGACGGUCGAAUACCUCUACAUUAUACGGCCUGUAACCCAAAGGCCAGUGAGUUCCAAACAAUCUUGGUGAGCUCCGGAUCUGAGGAGUCGGCCGAGGACAGCAAGGGGAAAACUGUUCAGUACUAUUUGGAGCAUAAGGAUGAGAUCACCAUCCCCGAUUGGAACCCAAAGCCGAUAUUGAUGCCACCCUCCCCUAAGAAGAGCGUUCCGCUGAAGGCUGGGGCAGGAAUAGAAAGGGCUGCCAUGAGUCUUAAAUCCAAACGAGAGGAUCGAGAAACUAAAGAAGCCUUGGAACGAAAGUUAAGCAGUCCGGAGAAGAAGCCGUCGCCCAGACCCGCUGCCAUAGAUGGAAUGGAGAUCAAUCCCACGAACAUACGAAUAUGGAUCCAUGAGCGAGAUAUCAGCAAUUUAGAACGAGUCGUCUGGGAAGGCUUUGGGCAUUUGCUCACGGGUCAAACAUCCAGUCAUUCAAAAAUAAGGAAAUUUCUAGAGGCCACUCCGAAAUUAAUGAAUGAUAUCAAAGAGGUGCACGAGGCUGCCGUUUUGGGAAACGUGGACCCAAUCAUCAACAAAGAGUAUCGCCAGCCAAUAUACACUUCCAAGGAUAUCAAUGGCAUUCCAGCGUUUCAUAAGGCUGUGGCCAACGGACAUCGAGAAGUCGCGCAGCAUUUGAUGGAAAAAACCGACCGAUCCGUCUUGAACGUAACUGACAGGCAUGGACGUUAUGCCUUGCAUUAUGCCGCGGGCAUUGCCGAUGAGGAUGACAAAGCGAUGUACAACUGGCUCAUCGAGUACGGAGCAGAGGAUCACAAAGCUGAUGAGCUUAUGAAAGCUCCUUCUUACUACAUCACCAACCCUCAGAAAAUUAAAUACCUGAAUUGUAGCCUCAUCCCGGAAGCGCCCCGGAUUAUUGCCUCUCCGCGCAAAGAAUCAGCCGCAGUUGGAAAAUCUGCCACAUCCGCUAAACCAGAUAUGAAUCUCAACAACAACAAUAAUAACAACAACAACCAUCAUCAAAAAGAAAAAGGCAGCAAAAGCCCGACAAGAGCCAAAAGUAGAAGUGUUUCUCCGAGGAAAAGAAAAUCCUCAGAAACAGAGCGUAAAGGAAUUAACGGCGUUCCCGAAUGGAAAAACAUCACAAAAGAGCACAUCUCAAAAUGGAUUAAGACCGCAGAUUUGGUCAAAGUGGAACAAGCCGUCUAUCUUGGACAAGGCAAGCACAUGAAAGGUCGAACAGCGUGGAACGAAGAAAUGAGACAUUUCCUGCAGACCGUGCCCAACAUCAUGGCCACCAUUGAUGAAUUCCACAACAUAUCUACCCAAGGUGAUGUUGAGCAACUGGAACGACUUGUGUCCUCAGAUCGGAAACUGAUUGGAUCUCGGGACCGUUUGGGCCGUACGGCCCUGCAUAAAGCAGCUCAAGCGGGACAAGUUGAGGUUGUGGAAAAGCUCUUGAACGGAGACUUGUCAUCGGCGGAGGAUUUGGCUCGUGCCAAGGACAAGGAUUUGAGGACAGCAGCCCAUUAUGCGGCUAGAUGCGACAAUGCUGAGGCUCGGGAUAAAAUAUUUGAGAUCCUGGCCAAGACCGGUACAAAUAUUUCGGCAUUGGACUCAGCUGGAAAAAAUCCAGAGUUUUACAAGGAAAACGAUUUUAUUAGCUCCAAGCCCAAACCUGAGGAAAACCCAGACGAAGAAGAUCCUGAAACUGAAGUCAAAGGCUUGAUAGAAGUGAAUAAUUUCAAGGACAACGGACAUCCUCCAGAAUCAGAAAAUCCGAAGACGGGAUACGGAGUUUCUGAUGAAGAGAUUGAACGGGCCGUCAAGGACACAGAUUGGGAGAAAAUGGUAGAACUUGUUUUGAAUGGCGAAGGCGACCGACUAAUGGAGCUUAACUCUGAAGAUGAAGAAGUUCAAGAGUUUCUGGAUAACAUCCGGGCAUUUCAAGAAAAGAUUUUGCUAAUCAACAAGGCCGUAGAGAGUGGGUCCUUGAGGGAUUUGCAAAACCAUUUGGAUCGUAAGAAAUUUGCUUUGGCCCGUGAUCGAUCCACAGGGAUAAAUUUCCUUCAAAAGGCUAUCAUCCUCGGGCACGUGGACAUCGUUAGGUAUUUGGCAAGCAAUUUCCCCAAAAUGCUUCCUUUGGUCGAUCUCGAAGGAAGAACGUCUUUGCACUACGCUAGCACAGUGAAGGAUGACGGCCAUUUGUACAAGCUAUUGGAGUCUUGUGGAUCCGAUGAAAAGGCGGAAGACAAGCAUGGCCAUUCGCCUAGAUUCUAUCUCAAAAACACGGAUAAGCUGUCACUAAAGACGCUACAAAGUAACGUGGAACGUGCCACGUUCCAUUCAGAUCCUCCUCAGAUCAGUCUGAAUGAAGGCCUGAAGUCUAAUGCUGCUAAGGCCAAGAAUUGGAUGGGGCAUCUAGCUCAUGAGAUCAAAUCCAAAGUUCAUGUUCCAGGUCUGCAAGUAAAUCAGAUCAACAGCUUUGAUGAGGCCUACGAAUCCAGUGAAUACGAAGAGGAUGGUUCAAAGGAAGACCAAGUGGACAACGAAACGUUGCAACGUUUAACAACAGCCUACCGUCGUCUCUUGUGGGCUCGUGACAGCCAGUCACUUUUAAAAAGAUUUCUUACCCCCAAAGUAUACAACCGUCUUCAAAAACGAGUCUCAACCGAGGGUGGAACUCUACUAGACGUAGUACACAGUGGGGCAGAGAUUCUGGACACCACAAUCGGAGUCUUGGCUCCCGAUCGCGACAGUUACAAAGUAUUUUGGCCACUCUUUAAACCAAUCAUCGCUUCCAUUCACCAUGUCCAUGAGCCAAAUCUCCAUCAACCCAAACUAGCUUGGGCGGAUGCCAAGAAGUUCGGGGACCUAGGCUCAAAAUUAGUUCAUCAAGUGGAGUUCGUGGCAGUCCGGUCCCUAUCCGAAUAUCCGUUUGGACCGAUACUCAGAGCAGAGGAGUACAGAGAAAUGGAAAAGGAUCUUAAACGGGCCUUUGAUCGGAUGGAUGGAGAGUUUGAGGGCAAGUACCACCCUAUCAAGAACAUGACCGAAGAAACCGAACGUCAUCUUAAAGACAUUGACGCCUUUUUUGACAAUGGAAGUCAGCUGAAAAAAGCUGGCCGUUUGUAUGAAGAGUGGCCAAUUGGACGCGGCAUCUUCAUUGCGAAAAACCUCAUCAUCCAAAUCAACGAGUCCGAGCAUCUCAAAAUCAUUGUCCGGGAGCUCAAUGAUCGCUUCCGAGAUGCUUAUGAGCUAUUUUUGGACGUGCUUGAAUUCUUUGAGGACGAGUGUCUUCGCUCCAAGUUUGCAUAUGAUAGCAAAUUGGGGUUCGUCACCCUGUCUCCCGAGUGGUUAGGAACCGGAUUAAGAGUUACGAUUACAGUUGAGCUGAAGCGGAUCCCUGAGAAGGAUUUGGAGGAGAUUUGUUCCCGCUUCUACUUGGAACGAGAACCCGCGGAGGAACCAGAUUUGAACGUCAAGUUCUGGAACAAGCGAACAUUUGGCAUAUCUGAGAAUCAACUCAUUUCCGAUGUUUUCAACGGGGUAAAACGAAUCAUUGAGAGGGAAAUAGAAACUACCAAAUAGAAAGAUGCACCUUAAAAAGACAUAUUAUGAGUGACGAGUCUUUCAUUUCAAUUCAUUCCUUACAAGUUCUUCCAUUUCCAUUCUGAAGAGAAAAGUCUCCUCACAAAGAAAGGCACUUCGGGGUACAAAACUAUUAUCAAAAUCCAGCUUGGCUUUGAAUGUACAAACGCAAGUUUUCUAAAGAGAUCUGAAAAAAUAAAGUUCAUUUCUAAGUA